UGUGUGGGUUUCCCUUCCAUUUCUGUAAACCAGAGCCUGGACUUGUCCCCAGAUGCUUACUGCGCACAGUUCUGGAAUGCAGAAUUCCUGAAGUGACACCAGGGGACCUACCUGCAGAGGAGUCUGUUUGGAUCCUGGUCUCCUGUCCUGUCCCCUGCUGUGUGACCACUGAGUUUUCAGGCCCCCGUGCAGCAGCCCCGUGUGUUGUGUUCAGGGGUUUUAGCUCUUACAAAGGCAAAGAUGGGGGGACUGUGAUUAUUUCAAGUUCACCAGAACCAGCGCUGGAAUAGUCCUUCUCUUGUCGUUGUUUUAAAAAAAUCAGCGGGCUUGGACUGAAGGCUGGGUCUUCCAGGCACGGGUGCUCAGAGCUCUGUUGUGCACAGCCUGAGACCACCUGAGACCCUGUGCCCUGCCUUGUGAUUUCCUGUAGGACUUGGGACCCUGGCGGAGUGACAGUCCUGGUUCCAGUGUCGUCUUCAGCUGAGCCAUGGCAACCCCGGAUGUGAGUGUCCACAUGGAGGAGGUGGUGGUGGUCACAACGCCGGACAGCGCAGUGGAUGGGAGCAGCGUGGAGGAGGUGAAGACUGUGCUGGUGACGACCAACCUGGCUCCCCACGGGGGCGAGCUGGCAGAGGACAGCAUGGAGACAGAGAACGCUGCAGCGGCCGCGGCGGCUGCGUUCACAGCCUCCUCGCAGCUCAAGGAGGCCGUGUUAGUGAAGGUGGCUGAAGAGGAGAGCCUGGAGGCUGAGGUCGUGUACCCCAUAACCUGCGGGGACAGCAGAGCCAACCUGAUCUGGAGGAAGUUUGUGUGCCCGGGUAUCAACGUCAAGUGUGUUCAGUAUGACGAGCACGUCAUCAGCCCGAAGGAGUUUGUGCACCUGGCCGGCAAGUCCACCCUGAAGGACUGGAAGAGGGCCAUCCGCAUGAACGGAAUCAUGCUCAGGAAGAUCAUGGACUCUGGGGAGCUGGACUUCUACCAGCACGACAAGGUCUGCUCCAACACCUGCCGCAGCACCAAGAUCGACCUCUCGGGCGCCCGUGUGUCCCUGAGCAGCCCCACCUCCGCCGAGUACAUUCCGCUCACUCCCGCUACGGCUGACGUGAACGGGUCUCCCGCUACCAUCACCAUAGAGACCUGUGAGGAUCCCAGUGACUGGACCACGGCCAUUGGAGAUGACACGUUCUCCUUCUGGCGAGGGCUCAAGGACGCGGGUCUGCUGGACGAGGUCAUACAGGAGUUCCACCAGGAGCUGAUGGAGACCAUGAAAGGCCUGCAGCAGCGGGUCCAGGACCCCCCCCUACAGCUCCGAGAUGCCGUCCUGCUGAACAACAUCGUGCAGAGCUUUGGCCUGCUGGACCUGGUGAAGAAGGUGCUGGCGAGCCACAAAUGCCAGAUGGACCGCUCGCGGGAGCAGUACGCCCGGGACCUGGCAGCCCUGGAGCAGCAGUGUGAUGAGCACCGCCGUCGGGCCAAGGAGCUCAAGCACAAGUCCCAGCACCUCAGCAACGUGCUCAUGACGCUGACCCCCGUGUCCCUGCCGCCCCCCACAAAGCGGCCCCGGCUGGCUCGGGCCACAUCCGGGCCGGCGGCCGUCGCCUCACAGGUGCUCAGUCAGUCUGCCCAGAUCGCCCUCAGCCCCGGCGUGCCCGUGUCCCAGCUGGCUGGCGUGCCGCUCGGCAAAGUGGUGUCCGCGCUGCCCUCCCCUGUGCUGGGCAAGGCGCCCCCCCAGGCCGCUCCUGCCAGCUCCCCCGCCUCUCCGCUGCUGGGGGGGUACACGGUGCUGGCCUCGUCGGGCGCCGCCUUCCCCGGCGCAGUGGAGAUCCACCCGGACGCAUCGAGCCUCACAGUCUUGAGCACGGCCGCCAUGCAGGACGGCAGCACCGUGGUCAAGGUGGUGAGCCCCCUGCAGCUGCUCACCUUGCCGGGCCUGGGCCCCACCCUGCAGAACGUGGCCCAGGUGUCACCUGGGGGCAGCACCAUCGUGACAGUGCCCACGGGGGCCGUCGAGAGCGCCGUGGCCGCCUCGGGGCCCGAGGAGCAUACGGCCACCAUCGAGGUGGCCGCCAUGGCAGAGGGCCACGAGCACAAGUAGACACUGUUGGAAGGCGAGGCCCCUCGGGGGCACAGGGUCGGCCGCCUCUCCUCAGGCCGUGGCCGGGCAGGAGCGCGGCCCCGGCACCCCGCGGGUGACGUGGGGCUGAACCAAAGAGAGGAAACACCAAAACAGACGAGGAAAAGGGAUCGCGAACGACAGACCUGUGCGGCCAGCCUCGCUCUCGUACUUCCUCCCCCUUCUUUCUUAGGAAAUACAUUUUUCCAUCUGUU